GUAACUAUUGAAAUAUAAAUAGAUUUAUAUUAAGUAAAAUUUUGUAUAUCAGCGCGCAUAAAACUAAAAAAGAAAUGCCGAAUUUCAAUGGCGCUAUUAUAAUGCACGCAUUGCAAUUGCUCAAAACUCCGGCGACACUACGUGAAAUUAUUGUGACCAUAGCAAAAAAUACAGAUCUACCCCAAAAUGAUCUACUGAAGCCUGUAAAGCAGACACUUGAAAUGGGUCAUCGUUAUGGUUACCUGCAGAAACUCAAUGGUAGAUACUUUUUGGUGCCAAUGACUUUCGAAACGCUAAUGUCCGAAAUGGACGAGUUGACCCAGCCGUUGUCCACCAGCGAGGGUAGCCAGGGCACCGAUCCCCCCAAGCAAAAGACUCAAAAGAAGCAGGAGCCCAACAUGAAAAUGCUUAAAAAGCCCUUAGCAUCAGAGGAGCCCAAUGAGUCUACAACCACACUAAUGCCACCUCAAGUGAUAGUCCCAAAGCCAGAUUGUUGUUUCAUACAAACCAAACCAAAGCGUUCGCGAUUGCCACUUAAGUAAUAAUCGCAGUAACGCAGUUCUCAUACUCAAGUUGUUUAAAUAUUCAGAUCUGCGCAAAUGCAUCAAAAAUUUACCGUUUGAUGUUAGUUUUUUUUUUGUCUGUGAUUGAAACGGAAAAUAAAUAUGGAAUUUUGAACAGAAAAUCCAACAAAAUAUAUUAGGUGUAUGAUAAUGGAUGAUA